GUAGAACACACUUCCGAUGAAAACAGGAAAUUGAUUUUCGGUUAGUUGUAACUGAAAGGGAGUUGAGAGUGCUAUUAAUUUAAAGGGAUUUGGAGUAGAUGGUGCUAUAGUGACAACUAACAGUGAUGUCUGAAAAGUAAUGCUUAGGUUGAAGCAUUUCUGUACUUAAGCAUCUGUCUUUCUUUCAUCUUUCUUUAUUAUGGAAUUAAAGCUCAAAGAACUAAGAGAUCAUGUAGCAGCUUGGGAUAUAAAAGGAAGCCAUAUGCCUACUUCCAUCAGUCCACACUAACAUGAACAUGUGCUGGUAUAUAAAGGGAAGGAGAGAAACCACCACCUUUUUAGUUUCAAGCACAAGAGAUUUGAGGGCUGCCUUUUGCUGUUGGGAUGGAGAAAAAAGCAAAUGCUGCAUCAACAGACACAUACAAAGAGGAGACUUCUAAGAGUGGUGGCCAGUUUAAGAUACCAAAGAAGAAACAGACAACAGCUGCUAGUGAUGUGCAGAUGCAUUCUCCUCUGUCACGCCUCUCCGAGUCUGAAUAUGGGAAUGGCAGUUUGCUUGAGAAACACUGGCCUCAGUCCACUGGCAGUAAACACAGAACAAGAUGUAGGGAUUUGCUUCCUCGUGCACUAAGGAAUUCAGACAACCACAGUCACAUUGUUUUGAGAAGUGAAACAAAUUCCAGGUGUGAACUGUGGCAGAGGUCAUCAGAUUGCUGUCCUGAGAAGUUGGAUGAAAAUUCUAAAGAAAGUGAUAAAAAUAGUCCUCAUUUUCCAUCAAGAAGAUAUGAAAUGCCUUCAAAAGCUGUUCAGAAAAACAGUAGGUUCAACUUUAGACACUGUAACAAAAGGAAAAAUGAAAAUUGGAAUAACUCGUCUUCCAGUUCAGAAGAAGUAAAUGUUUUCCCUGAUGACAGGAAGAGAAGGCAUUUAAGUACUCCAGAGCAGUCUGACAACUGCAUUAUUGAAGAGGUAAAACGCUCGCCAAAAAAUCUGAGGGGAAACAAGUGUACCAUAUGUUCCAGCUGUAGAGUAUCGAAAGAAUGUUGUCCUUGUCGUAGUAAGCAGAACAGCGAUAAAUUAUUUCAAGAAGAUGCUAGUGUGCCUUUGGAAUUAGAAACACCAACCGUGCAAUUACAUCGCCAUCAGACAUCACCUUUAAAAAAAAAACAAGAAAAUAUCCCUGCUUGUCCAUUGAAAGCAAAGGAUAACAGUUUGGUAGAUCAGUCAAAGAAAGAAGAAAGUACCAAGGUUACAGAACACAUUACCAGCCAGGUACUACAGCCAAAUACUAGCACAGCUCUACAGAGUGACUCCUGUCUGUCAGCAGAGGCCAGCAGAAUACCUUCACCUGCACAUAUUGAAGGAUCAAGAAGAACUUUGAGAUCAAGGAAGUUAAGAAAUUCUGUCUCUCGACCAAAUGUCAUUGUACGAUCCCUCAAGCCAGUUGAACCAAUUGUUCUUUCCAGUGACGAUGAGGAAUCUUGCUCUGAACAAGAACAAAGCUGUGGAAUUCAGAGCCGUGCUUCAAAAUCCAGGCAUGCUGUGCAGCCUGCAGCUGAAGUUUUAACUAGAAGCAAAACAACAGAGUUGAUGUCUGUUUCUUCACUGCCACCGACCUUUGAUGAGAAUGAACUUGAAAAAAAACAAGAUAAGACAGUUCAUGAAAGUCCACAGUGUGAGCCAAAGAAAUUGCCAGUUUCAGAUAAUAGAACCUGUCUGGAUAAGGAUACAGCAGUUGAAAUAGAAUUUUCUUCUGCUUACAUUGGGAACAUGCAGCUAAGUGCAGGAGGCUGUGCUGUGUUUAAGACUGGAAGUAUCAUGAUUCCCCUAGAAGCUUCCGAGAAUAAAAAUUGUUUGACAGUAGAAACAUCUUAUUUAAAAGGGUAUGGUGUAUGGGACGUCAUCUUUCCAGCAAAUUCCAAAAAGAAGCAUGGCUGCCUUGUACUUUUGUUAUAUCCAAAAAAGUUUGCCCAAGUGCUCAAGGAGUUGUCGUCUUUGGAGGUAGCAGAAAAACCAAAAUGCAAAAGCGUUGUUGUCCUGCAGAUGAACCAGAAGCCAGAUGAUAAACAGACUGAAAUGCUGAAUAGGAUAAUGGCUGAGGCUGGAGACAGAAAUGCAACUCCAGGUCUUUGUAAAAUGUUAAGUAUUAAAGAAGUAACAGAUAUGAUGACAGGAAUGUCUGGUAGUGAAAGCAUGUACAUACGCAACUUCUUUAGACCAGCUGAGCAGAAAAAUAAGGACUUGGAAUCAGGACCUGCUCAUUCACCCCAGGAAAACCUUUGCAGUAGCACAGAACCAGAGUACACUGUUAAUCAUCAGCGAGUAGGAAAUCAUUAUGCUGUUUCUCUUGUUCCAAAGUGUGAUCAACAGAGCAGCACAGUUCAAAACAGUGCACCAGUUCAAAGGCUAAUAAUAUUCCCACCUCCUCCUGCGAAGGGAGGAUUAGCUGUUACUAGUGAAGAUUUGGCAUGUCUUCAAGAAGGAGAAUUUCUCAAUGAUGUUAUAAUUGAUUUCUACCUCAAAUAUCUCCUGUUGAAGAAAGCUCCUCAAGGGAUUGCUGAGCGGUCCCAUGUUUUCAGCAGUUUUUUCUACCGUCGCUUGACAAGGAAAGAAAACAGUUCAACUGAAGAAAGCAGAUACCUUUCAGUACAACACCGAAGACAUCAAAGAGUAAAAACGUGGACUCGACAUGUGGACAUCUUCACCAAGGAUUUUAUCUUUGUUCCAGUUAACGAAGAGUCACACUGGUACCUCGCUCUUAUUUGUUUUCCCUGGUUGGAGAAAGAUGAAUAUGAUGAUAUUAAAUUGCCUGAACAGGGCUUACAGAAGGAAGGAUCACCUAGUCCAGAAAAUGAAACUGAAGGUGUUUCUGUCAUAGUCAGCAGCAGAAAAAAUGAAAAUGAGAUGAAUGUGGACAACAGCCCUAAUGAAAAAGGUAGUCAGCAAAGUGACUCAUUAACAUCCUGCAGCUUUCUGAAUGUGGAUACUACAAGCAAUACUUGUGGAAGGAAACAAAUCUCUAAAAGGCCUUGUAUUCUCAUAAUGGAUUCCCUGAAAGCGUCAUCUCAAGACUACACAGUCAAGAUUUUAAGAGAAUACUUGCAGAUUGAGUGGGAGGUUAAAAGGAAUGCGCCACGGAAGUUCAAUGCACAAAACAUGAAAGGCUGUGUUCCCCGGGUUCCCAAACAAGACAACAGCAGUGACUGUGGCUUAUAUUUGCUGCAGUAUGUGGAGAGUUUCUUGCAGAGACCAAUUUCCAAUUUUGAAUUUCCAGUACAAUUGACAACAUGGUUUCAUCGUUCUGUAAUAAAGAACAAGCGUAAAGAGAUCCAUGAACUGAUUAUGCAGUUGCACAAGGAGCAAUGCUAGUAGUUACAGCAGUACAUAAUCACAGACAUUUCUAAAGCUUAGAAGGUGGCAGCUUAUUCUCAAAAGCUUUAUACAGAGCUUGGGUUUACAGGAAUCUAUGAAGUCAUCAUCUUUAAUCAGCUGCCUGUUGGGAAACUGGACAGUAUGAAUAAUCCUCCGUGUUUAAAAAUAUUUACAGUUUGUAAAUUUGCAGCAAGAUGAAAAUCUGUGAAAGCAUUUUGUACAGUUUCAGGGGGUGGAAAUAUGAGAUAAAAGCAUCACAGAAUAAUUGCAUUCUCUGUAAUAUAUUUUAUAUUUAAUAAGUAUUUGUUACAUAGAUUUUAACCUAAUUUCAAAGAUUGUUCAGACUUGCAAAGUAGCAGCUGUAGCAGCACAGAGGUUCAUAGUCUCUCUAGAUUUAUAUAUAUUUUCUACAUUUGAAAAUGUUAACAUUUUGUUUUAAUCCUUUGUGGCUGGAAUCACUUCUUGCUGCAGUCUGAAGUCGUCUUGUAUUUAUUUAUUUAAAAAAAAAUUUCUUUAUUGUCAUUGGAUGUAGCAUUUUGUGUUUCAUAUCGGUCCAUUGCAUCAUGCAAUCAGCAGUAGAAUAUCUCUUGUUUGUGCUAAUAUUGCAAAAACAUUUAUUUUCAUUCUCAUGUUUAUGUAGCUUUUUUAAUGAAGUUAUAUUGAUUGAA